AUGCAGACGAACACUGAGGCCUCCCUGACCACACUCAAGCCGGAGCUUUACGUGGCCUCGAACCGCUGGCAAUGGCGGCAGAACCUCUUAGCGCUGGAGCGCUUCCAGAAGUCCUUGAAACGGGACGCCCAGGGAGAAGAACAGUAUCUCGAUCUGGGGUGUGGCACGGGCGACUUUACGCGCGAGUGCCUGCUUCCCCGCUGUCUUCCGUGCCGAAGGAUCGUCGCCGUCGAUGUCUCCAAGGACAUGGUCGAGUACGCGAGGAGUCACUUCGCCCAUCCCAAGAUUGCCUACGACGUCCUCGGCGCCGCCGAAGACGACGUGUCCGGCUUUGUGGCUCGCUACGGUCGCUUCGAUCACGUCUUCUCUUUCUUCUGUCUGAACUGGGUAAAGGACCAAGCGAAGGCGCUCAAGAACAUCGCGCUGCUGAUGAAACCUGGCGGCAGUUGUCUGCUCCUCUUCGUCGCGACCACGCCUCUGAUGCGAUGUCGCCAGGAGCUGGCUUUGAAGACGUGUUGGUCGAAGUACGCGCAGGCGAGUGGAGCAGAAAUCGAAGAGUUCAAGGCUGGUGAAGACUAUGAAAGUCUCUUGGACUUGUUCAAAUCAUAG